AUGGCUUCUUUAGAAACUCAAUCUUCUGAAUUUACGCUUCGAGCAUGGCUCGUUAUUUUUGGAGCAUUCUCCUCUGUCUUUUGCAGUGUUGGCUUCCUUAACUCAUUCGGAGUUUUUCAAGAAUACUAUGCGAAAAAUCAACUUUCCAAUAACUCCGAGUCAACUAUUGCCUGGCUUGGGGCCAUGGCCCUCUUCUUCCUUUUCGCAAUAUCUGUGGUUUCUGGUACCAUGCUCGAUAUAUUCGGUCCUGAGUUGAUGGCAUAUUUCGGAUCCAUUGGAACUGUCUUCGCUAUAAUGAUGACAUCUCUUUGCAAAGAGUUCUAUCAGUUUUUGUUAGCGCAAGGCGUUCUUCUCGGAAUCUCUAUGUCACUCGUGACCUGGCCAGCUUUGGCCCUUGUCGGACAGUAUAUUAAACGCAAACGUGCGGCGGCAAUGGGAAUUGUUAUCGCGGGGUCAUCCUUAGGUGGAGUUAUUUGGCCAAUAAUUAUCAACAAACUGUUGAACAACCCGAGGAUCGGGUUCCCGUGGACGAUGCGCAUUGUUGGCUUUAUCAUGAUUCCAUUGUUAGCAUUCUUUUGCCAGGUUGCCAAGUCACCUUCAGAGCUCCGGCAAAGAGUCGAGACUGGGGAUUCAGAGAAGACCGAAGGUGAAGACACCGAUGACAGCCGAGCCAAGAAAAUAAAUCGGAAAGAAGAAGUAGGUGCACUGUUUCGACAACCUGCAUUGCAACUUCUGUGCUUGGCAAUGUUAAUCAUUUAUUUCGGAAUGUUCUCGCCCUUCUUUUACACAACCUCCUUUGCCGUUGAGAAAGGAUUCUCAUCGAGCUUUGGCUUUUACACCGUUUCAAUAGUGAACGGAGCCUCCUUCUUUGGUCGUGUUCUUCCGGGAAUUCUAGCAGACAAAUAUGGGAAAUUUAAUUGUUGUAUUCUAGCAACGAUCUCUGCCGGAAUCGUUGCGUUAUGCUGGACAAAGGUGAAUUCGGUAGCAGGCCUCGGGAUAUGGUCAGCAGCAUAUGGCUUCGCCUCCGGGGGCAUUUUAUCACUUCAGCAAGCAUGUGCAGCCCAGGUUGCUACCCCAUCCACUUUAGGCCUUGCGAUUGGAAGUGUCUGUGGGUCCACUGCGCUCUCUGCUAUGGCAAAUGUGCCCAUUAGUGGUGCUUUAGUAGAAAAGUACGUUUAUCUCGCGCUCUCAUUGUUUUCUGGGGUGUCAUUGCUCCUUGGAGCAGUAUUAUUGGUUGCUGCUCGGCUGGCGCAGGACCGAAAAUUUAGUGCGAUUGUCUAG